GUUGGGGUUCGGAAGCAUUGCUGUCUCUACAAUGGCCAAGAACAAACUAAGAGGACAGAAGUCCAGGAAUGUAUUCCACAUAGCCAGCCAAAAAAGCUUUAAAGUUAAAAAUAAAGCAAAACCAGUUACCACUAAUCUGAAGAAGAUAAACAUCAUGAAUGAUGAAAAAGUUAACAGCGUGAAUAAAGCUUUUGUAGAUAUGCAAAAGGUACUUGUACAGUUCAUAAAAGGCCUUUCCCUUGAACCUCUGCAGAAACAGCUGAUUCCUCAGCAGUGUCAUGAAAACGAACCAGUUAAUGUUGAUGAAGCUACAAGAUUAAUGGCUCAGUUGUAAUACACUGGUGAUGCAUCAAAUUCUCCAAAAAGACCAAUAAAUUAAAUGUUUUAUACAAUUUUAUUUUUAAAAAUCUUGUUAAUGUACAGGCAUUGGCACAUUUUAAAAACAAACUACAUAAACAGAUCUUUCCUAUAAACUAGGAAAGUGGAAUGUCAGAAGUCAACAAAAUGUGAUAAACUUAAAGUGCUAAAACAGAAGGCACUUCACAAAAUCUGUUCACUGAAACAGUUAAUAUAUCCUAGUUUACACCCUUCACUUUAUAAGUGGCAGUGAAUGUCUGGAUCAGAGGAUACACAGAAAUAUGGACAGUCUCAUGGCAGUAAAAAUGUAAGACAAACAGAUGAUGAGCCCUUGGCCAACUUUUUUGUUUUUGAUGACCUUAAGUCUACUUUAACUUUCCUCUCAUAUAAGGAAAAAAACAAGGAUUCAGAAUGGGAGGAAAAGUUGAAAUUCCAGAAUGUAAUUACUUGAGGGUAGGGAGUUGGUAGAUAUGAAAUCACUUUUUCC